GUAAGAAACUCUCUUCAAGGAUAAGCUCCAGAGGUGCCAGGGUCUGGGACAUUUCGGAUCAAGUCCUCAGCAUUCCGAAGUGGGAGGGGGAACAGCCAGAGGUCGUGUUCCAUACACUUCAGAAACUACUUAAGGAAUAGCAGCGGCGAUGCUCGGAACAGCAACUUGGCCCUGUUGGCCAUAAACAGCCUGAGGACCAAAGCACUUGACAUCCAGAAAAUCAUUGAUGCUUUCGCCACCAAUCACAACGACAGACGGAUUGUGCUUCUCUGAAAACAUCAAUGCCGGCCUGCGUUCAACAACAAAAUGCUAUCUCAACUGGAAACCGCCAUGGAUACAAUCAUCAAAGUCUUCUACAAAUACUCAGGGCAAGAGGGAGACAAGUACACGUUGACCAAGGCUGAACUCAAGAACCUAUUGCAAGGGGAGCUUGGAGCCUUCCUGAAGUAUCAGAAAGACCCCAACGCUGUGGACGUCAUCAUGAGAGACCUGGACGUGAACUUUGAUGGUCAGGUAGAUUUCCAGGAGUUCAUUCACUUGGUGACGGCCAUCACCAUCGCCUGCAAUGAAUUCUUUGUCGAACUUCUGAAGAAACAGGGGAAGUUGUGAAAGUGAACACACGAUCUUGGAUUGAGCAUAGAGUUUUGGGACAAGUCUACAAAUGCACAGAGAACCUUGAGCAGAAAACACGCCAACUGUGGACACUGAUAAUCAUCAAUAAAUGUGA